CAGAAGUGAAAAGAUAAGCGCAAUCGGCUGUUGCUGUGAUAAAUUUCUAGUUUAACGCUAUUGUGCAGUUUUAGUACGUAGUAGGCAAACUGUGUCUGUGAUUGUGUGGUUUUUAAGCAUACAGUAUGAGUCGAAGAUUACAGACUGUUGCAGCUGUAACAUGCAUGAAAUUGAUGCUAUUGAUUUUUAAUGUGAUAUUUUGGAUUGCUGGAAUAGCUCUUUUAGCUUUUGGAUUAUGGAUGAAAAUCUCACUCCACAACCUUCUUGAACUAUCAGAUGAUUAUAAUGAAGCUGUCCCAUAUAUAUUUAUUGGAACUGGAGCUGUGAUUGUGUUGGUAGGCCUCUUUGCUUGCUGUUGUACAGUGAAAGGCCAGCCAGUUUUAUUAUAUAUGCUAGCUGUUUUCUUAAGUUUGAUAUUUAUAUUAGAACUGGUAGCUGGAGUAGCUGGAUACAUCUACCGUGGCAAAAUUAAAGAUGGCUUUAAAACAGGAUUAAAUAAUAGUGUUGAUCAUUACGGCCAAGGUGGCAUUCGAGAUAAAGACAUUGAUAUUUUACAGUCCUAUCUUAAGUGCUGCGGUGUUAAUGAUUACUUAGACUGGAAUGCUAAAUGGUGGCAGAAUCGUUCAGUCCCACUUAGUUGUUGUCGAGACAAAAGCAGUUGCCAUAAUGCUCCUGUGGAAGACCCAUCAGAAAUCUAUGAAGAAGGUUGUUACAAUAAAGUUGUUGAUUUUGUAAAUCAGAACUUGGGAGCUAUUUUUGGAGGUGCUGUAGGCCUAGCUUGCUUUCAGCUUUUGGGUGUAAUAUUAGCUUGCUGUCUUGGCAAAUAUAUUGAUAAAGCCAAAUAUGAGCCAAUGGGAUAAUUUUAUGAGUUUAUAAAGUUACUAUUGAAAUAUAUAUUCUUGCUAAACAUUCUUUUUGAUGUCUCUUGGUCACAGUGCUUGGUCAAUCUCAUUGGAAUCACUUUUGAUGUUCCAUUUCACAAUGUUCUAUUUGUUAUAUUUAUACCCCCACAGUAUAUUCUUUUAUGCAUUUUAAAAAUGUUUCUCAUUUUGUAAGUGUUUUAUAUUGAAUACUUUUGUUUCUAAAAAUCUGAUGUUUUGAAACAUAGAUUUUGGUGUCUUUAAAUAGUGCUUAAUUCAUCAUAGCAUUUAAAGCUUUUACUAGUACAUCUUAAAUUUAGAUUAAAAUUAAAAUGAUCUUUGGUGAAGAAUUUUAAUUACUUGGUGAUAAACUGAUAAGAUGGUGUUUGAAUUUAAAAAUUUGUGUAAAAUUGUGAAGAUCUAAUUUUUCCCCCCAAAGUUAAUUAUAUAAAACUGUAAGUAUAGUAAUUAUAUAAAAUGCAGCUAACUUUUAAAAUUCAGUGAUGCAUUUACAUCUACAUUAAAGUAUUAUCUAUUGAAAAUGGAUGCAUUUUUUUAAACCAAAAAUUUGAACUUUUCUUGGCUGUUUUCUGUGAAUUUUGAACUAUUUCUCUGCACAGUCUUGAUGUUAUAUUUUCAAACUGUGUUUCAUGGUGUAAAUUUUUAUUAUAUAUACUGUAUAUCUGAAUCUAAUAAAGAGCUUUGCCAAAAGACAA